UCAUAUCAUAUUACAGAACCGUACAGAUCAUCGUCAAAUCAAAGGAAAUUGAACGAAGCAGCCCAACCAAAAUCCCCUCGCCGCCUCGUCCCGUUCCCGUUCGCGUACCGUCCCUUCUCGACUUCUCCCGUACCGUCGCCGCCUCAAUCUCGAAGCCUCUCCGGCGCAGCCGCCUCAAUCUCGACUCGAAGCGCCUCUCCAACCAGAAAUCCUCUCGGGUUUUCGCAUCGUCCGUCGCGAUGGGCUCCAAGAAGCGGUCGCCGCAGCAUCCCGCCUCCCCAGCCGGCGGCGAGGUCGGCGCCCAGACGGCGGGGAAGGCCGUGCCGGUGACGGCGGCGCCGGAGUCGGCGCCCGUGUCGGUGGUGCCGAAGCCUCCGGACGUGGCGCCCUUCCUGACCAAGGUCUACGACAUGGUCUCCGACCCGGCCACCGACGCGGUCAUCUCCUGGAGCGCCGCCGGCGGCAGCUUCGUGAUCUGGGACUCUCACGUUUUCGAGCGAGACCUGCUGCCGCGGCACUUCAAGCACAAUCACUUCACCAGCUUCAUACGCCAGCUCAAUACCUACGGAUUUCAUAAAGUUGAUCCAGAUAGAUGGGAAUGGGCCAAUGAAGGUUUUGUUAAGGGCCAAAAACAUCUUCUGAAGACCAUCAAGAGAAAGAAGAAAUCCUCUCAGGAUGUACCUAGUGAUCUGCAGUCGGUGCCUGUCAAAACUGCACCUGGCACUGAGAAUAUUGAGAUAGGAAAAUAUGGAGGCCUUGCAAAGGAGGUUGAGACACUUAAGAGGGAUAAGGCCCUUCUAAUGCAGCAGCUUGUAGAUCUGAGGCAGUACCAGCAAUCAUCCAGCCUUGAAGUGCAGAAUUUAAUUCAACGCCUCCGUGUGAUGGAACAGAACCAGCAGCAGAUGAUGGCACUUUUGGCAAUAGUUGUCCAGAAUCCAGAUUUCCUCAACCAGCUCGUGCAGCAGCAGCGCAGGAGUAACUGGUGGAAUGAUGAUGGUAACAGGAAAAGAAGGUUCCAAGCUCUGGAACAUGGUCCUGUAGAUGAUCAGGAGACUUCUGGUGGAGGCGCGCAAAUUAUUCAAUAUCGUCCUCCUGUUCCUGAAACUUCCAAUCAACCAAUACCAGGAAAUGAAGCUAUCUAUUCAACCCCUGCACAGCCAGUUUCAAGCCAUGCACAACCAGUUUCAAGUCCUGCAGAAGAGAUGCCCAUGGAUGUAGAAAUGACUUCAAACAAUGUUGAUACCCUUGAUUCAACUGGGAAUGAUUUUACUGACACCUCUGCUCUAUGUGAAUGGGAUGACAUGGAUAUAUUUGGUGAUGAACUAGAGUACAUUCUUCAACAGCCAGAGCAGAACUUUCAAGUGGACCCUCCUCUAACAGUUGAAGAUUAUGGUUAUGAUCGUCCACGGCUAGAGCAGGACUGUCAGAUGGAAGCACAACAGGAUUGCAAAAAUCCUCAAUAUGCUGAUGUCACAACUGAAGCAUGAGCGGUGGUCCCAGAGAAUGUUGUCAGUAACAUUAGUGGAUAGAGUUUCUGCAGAUUUGUGAUGAACAGAAUCUUGAGACUGGCAGGUUAGCCACCAUUGGGAACCUGAAGACCGUCGGGAUUACUCAGAAUACAGAUACUAAACAAAAUACAGCAACACAUGUUGACUAUAAAGGAUUUCGUUUUCCUUGUUCACUCAUUUAAGGCAGUAGGACAAGGUUUCUGUUUUUGUCCCAGGUCUCAUUGUCCUAGCUACACCCAUAACGCAAGGUGGUAAACAUUGAUCAGGUUGUAUAUACUGUUGUAUUGGAUGAACAUGGAGCAGUUUUGAACUUCUUUGCGUACGAUGACAAAUUGGCCCCAGAAGAGUAUUCGGGUACAAUAUAUCUAUACCUUACCUAAUACUAACGUUACUCGGUCUUGGUUACA